GCGCGUUUGUGCACUUGAGCUAACUGCGCAGUCCUGUGUUUUGGGGAACACUCUUGAGGGAAAGCGCCGUCUGGCUUCAUCUCCCUGGGUGAAGAUGUCCCGGCGAUGACGCCAGUGUAGGAGCUGUCCUGUUUCAUCACCUAAUGGAAGAUCCGAUCUCUGUGUGGAACUUCUAAACAUCUUUUAUUAGUGGAAACAUUAUUUUCUACAAAAUGAACUCAGCAUCUUAAUUUAAGCCAGCGUUCAUGUGAUUCUGAUUCACCUGCUGUGGUUCACGAAGCUUGAGAUCUAAGGAGUACAGGGUCUUUUGCUAUGACAAUAUGACUAAUAGUAAAGGAAGAUCUGUUACUAGUAAAACAAGUGGUGGUCCAAGUAGUGGAGGAGGUUUUGUAGACUGGACUUUAAGCUUAAAUACAGUUCAAUCCGAUACGUUUUUAAACUUAUUGUUGAGUAUGGUUCCAGUAAUUUACCAGAAAAACCAGGAAGACAGGCACAAAAAAGCAAACGGCAUUUGGCAAGAUGGAUUGUCAACUGCGGCACAGACUUUCAGUACUAGACCUGAGCAACACAUGGAGUAUCACAGUUUCCCGGAGCAGCCCUUCCACAGCAAUAGUGGGCACACACCCUCAAGCUGUAGCCAAAACUAUGACGACUAUGCCAACUACAAUUACUGUGAUGGACGGGAGACUUCAGAAACUACUGCCAUGUUACAAGCUGAAGAUAUGUCUAGUGAUGGGGAUGAAGACGUCAUUAUGGAAGCAAACCAAAGAUUGCCAAAGGAGUCCAGCGGUGUCAUGGCACUGCAAAUACUUGUGCCAUUUUUGCUAGCGGGUUUUGGAACAGUUUCUGCUGGCAUGGUUUUGGAUAUAGUCCAGCACUGGGAGGUGUUCAAAAAAGUAACAGAAGUUUUCAUUUUAGUUCCUGCACUACUGGGUCUCAAAGGGAACUUGGAAAUGACAUUGGCAUCUAGAUUAUCCACUGCAGUAAAUAUUGGGAAGAUGGAUUCACCCAUUGAAAAGUGGAAUCUAAUAAUUGGCAACUUGGCUUUAAAACAAGUUCAAGCAACAGUAGUUGGUUUUCUAGCAGCUGUGGCAGCAAUUAUAUUGGGCUGGAUCCCAGAGGGAAAAUACUACCUUGAUCAUUCCAUACUUUUGUGCUCCAGCAGUGUAGCAACUGCCUUCAUUGCAUCUCUUCUGCAGGGAAUAAUAAUGGUUGGGGUUAUUGUUGGUUCAAAGAAGACUGGUAUAAAUCCUGAUAAUGUUGCUACACCCAUUGCUGCUAGUUUUGGUGACCUUAUAACACUUGCCAUAUUAGCUUGGAUAAGUCAGGGUUUGUACUCCUGUCUUGAGACCUAUUACUACAUUUCUCCAUUAGUUGGUGUCUUUUUCUUGGCCUUAACUCCUAUCUGGAUUAUAGUAGCAGCCAAACAUCCAGCCACAAGGACAGUUCUCCACUCGGGCUGGGAGCCGGUCAUAACAGCCAUGGUUAUCAGUAGCAUUGGAGGCCUUAUUCUGGACACAACUGUAUCUGAUCCAAACUUGGUUGGGAUUGUUGUUUACACACCAGUUAUUAAUGGUAUCGGUGGUAAUUUGGUGGCCAUUCAGGCUAGCAGGGUUUCUACCUACCUCCAUUUACAUAGCGUUCCAGGAGAACUGCCUGAUGAACCCAAAGGUUGCUACUAUCCAUUUAGAACAUUUUUUGGUCCAGGAGUAAAUAAUAAGUCUGCUCAAGUUCUACUGCUUUUAGUGAUUCCCGGACAUUUAAUUUUCCUCUACACGAUUCAUUUGAUGAAAAGUGGUCACACUUCUCUAACUGUAAUCUUCGUAGUAGUAUACUUGUUUGCUGCUUUGUUACAGGUGUUCACCUUGCUGUGGAUUGCUGACUGGAUGGUCCAUCGCUUCUGGCGGAAAGGAAAGGACCCGGACAGCUUCUCCAUCCCCUAUCUGACGGCGCUGGGUGACCUGCUCGGGACAGCACUGCUAGCCUUAAGUUUUCAUUUUCUGUGGCUUAUUGGUGAUCGCGAUGGAGAUGUUGGAGACUAAUAAAUCCUACAAACUGCUCUCAAGUUACCAAGAAGGGAAACACAAGAUAACCACCCGUGGCUCUUUUUUCAAAAAUCUUAAAUUAGUAGCUUGACUUCUGUCAGGGUACACUUUAGUUGGCCCUGAUUCAAUUAAAUGGCCUUAAUGUUUUUAAAAGGACUUUGUGUUGAAACCAGAAUGAACAGUAUUUAUGCUGCUUUUCAUAGAGUAAAUGAUAAUUUCACAUAGACGUAGAUACAAGCUCAAGCUCUGAAAUUAAUUAAAUAGGAAAGAAUAUAGGAUGUUUACAAUGAAUAAUUUUAAAACCACAGACAUAGCAGAAAUGUACUUGCUUGUUUAACCUACAAUGCCACUGUAGAGGAGAGUUCCAGUUUAGCCUUUCUUGUCUCACAGGUGUGCGGUGCUGCCCCACAUACCAUGAAAUGAAAGGGGCGGCCCAACCAAGCUUUUAAUAGUUUUAACUACCCCCACCUCUCUUCUAGCUGGGGAAAAAUUUGCCAAUUACUUGCUCCUAACAUGACCUAAAUAUGUUCUGCUGAGCGUAAGAUAAAUUCACUUUUACCUGCUUCUGUGAAUUUCCCUGUGCCAAUGCUAAUUUAAUUUCACCUCUGUGAGCUCUUAGCAGGCUGCCCUUGAAACACAGAAUGACCUUGAAUGAUCUUUGAUGAAAGCAGUGGGUCAUUUCUGAUCAUUGAUUUGUUGGAAUAAUGUCGAUCUUUUUCAGAAGGCUUAACGGUCAAAAACAGAAGAUAACCCAAGAUGCAUUUGUUGAGAAAAAAAUGUGUGAAAAAUUGUGUAUGCAUGUGUGCGUGUGUGACAGAGACAGAUGCUUUUGACGGAGAGCUGAACUUGGCCUGUUGAUAGCAAAGAUAAUCAUAGUGCUAUUAGAAUAUUAGCAUUACAUAGUUAUUCUUAAACAUAUUUUUGAUAUACUUUUGUCAUUUGGUCCAAAAAUUUUGUUACUGCCCAGAAUUUAGUAUUUCUUACCUACAUUAUAGUUGUUUCUUUUCAUCAAAAACAACUGUACCAUUUAAUUAACAUAAAUUUUAGAAUGGGCAAGUGAUUCAUUUGCUCUUCUAAAGAAGUCUGUUGAGACCGUUAGGCUUACGUUUGGUGAGAGAAGCCGGUGGGUUCCCUCAGUGCUUGUCCACGCCUGUAUGUACCGUCUGUCUGCACGGGCUUCUCUCUACAGUCAUGUGCUAUGCUAUGUCUCAGAUAUUUUUCUAAAAUUCUGAUCUAUAUUCCAAAUACUUGACCAACAUCUUAUUCAAUAAGUAAGUGUUUUUAUAUAGUUCAGUUUUUAAAAAUUCACUGGAAUCUCUUAACACCAUUAGAUACUUAAUAAUUUAAUUGAUAAAGGAAGAAAAAUGCACAUUAACUUCGAUCAUCAUGGCUUAAGUUGUGAGUUUGUGUUGAUGUUAUAUAAAUAGUAGGUCAUUUAUACACAUAUUGGGGGAAGUGUUCCUAUUAAACUCUUUAAGGGGACUGUGGUUUAGAGUUAUAUAUUUUUGCUUAUUUUAAAACUUUAAUUAUUCUAUUCUCCUGCCUUAUAAUGAAGCUUCUAAGGCAGAGAGCUGAACGAAUUGUAGAAUUUCUCCUUUGGAGAGUUAUAAUGUCACAUAGUGAACAUUCUUGUAAAAGAGAGAAUGAUUAAGUUACACUGAUGAAUAUUUAUCUGCAAAGAUUUUUUUAUUUAAAAAUCCAUAAAUAAUUUAUUUUAUUGUAAAGCAUUUGUAAAUUACUUGUUUACAUUUGGGCUGUAUGAUUCAUAAGCAUUUAUAUUUCCUGGUGAUUUCUGUUUUGAUUUUUAACAUAAAAUAGUGCACAGCAGACCACUUUUUUUUUGUUUUUGCAAAUCACAUUUUCAAAGCAUUUAUCAACAACUUUAGUCCAGUGCAUUACAUAAUCUGAAACACAUAUAAAUACACUGCAUUACUUAGUACUCAGAACAGGAUGUGUGAAAUAGGUCAGGUAGAUAUUUUUUUCUCUGUAUUACAG